CCGUCCAGGGGCACAGCUGUCAUAAAGGAGGUGGCCAGGGUCAUGGGAGAUCUGGUCCAAUCAGGUAACCAAAUCAAUCAAAAGUUGAAUUUAUGAACUACGUUAGGCAGCCUUUAAAAAACGAUAUAUUCAAGAGGGGGGGGGGGGAAUAAUAAAAAAGCAUAUAUUUGUAUGCACUUAAGUGACUUUUAUGUAAGCUUCGAUUAAGUCCUUACAAGGAUGCGUGUGGCGUAUGUUCUUUCAUUUUGAAAUAAAGCACGUUUUGAUGCACUUGCGUUUCUGACUUAUGUCUUACAUUUCAAUUUUAAUUAUGUCCCUUCAAGGAUGAAUAUGUUGGAUCAGUUUUAAAAAAAACAACUAAAAAACAAUUUUCAAACAACUUCUAACAAUGUACGCUUUCUCUUUUUAAGAGCCACGAACAACGAAUUUAAAUUAAGAGAGUCGAGAAGAUUCAAUGCUUAGACUCUGUUAACAGAAGAAAAAAAAAUUAUUCUCUAUAAAAUUUUAGAAUAAAUAUCCUUUAAAAUUAUACCGGUAUAGCUCUGUGCAUAAUGGUUUGUUGUUUUUUUUUUACAUUUUCAAAGCCAAUAAAGUCUGUAUUAGGUCCAAAUUUAUUUAUUUUUAUUCGAGAUAUAUUUAUAGCAAAAAAAAGAAAGAAAAAGAAAAAGAAACCACUAAUCAGUUUGCUUGUCUGAUACAAAGGUCGGUGGAAGCCAAGACGCUCCAUAAUGUUUUGUUCCUGGGGAGCCGAAGAGUACGGACUCAUAGGAUCUACUGAAUGGGUCGAGGUCAGAAACAAUAUCAAUAAGUGUGUGUGUGUGGGGGGGGGGGGGGGGGUUAAAUGCGACCUCAUAAGGUUUCAUUUUCGGCUCAGAUAUUUAUUUCCACUACCUUACUUUACCGAUUAAUAAGACGCAUUUUUUCUCUUAGAAAAAUUGCCUCCACUAUUCAGGUGAGUCUUAGACUCGAAAAUUAAUAUUAUAUUAUAUUUUUAUGAAGAUUGUGAAGAUAGUUUGAACGAUUAAUUUCAUAAUUUUAGUCUUAUGCAUGAUUGAGUAAAGUGUGUUCAUUUUAUAUUAGUAAAUGAGACAGUUGCUCAAUCUUUAUCUCAUCUCCCAUACACAGCAAUACGUGGCUACGCUACGAGAGAGGGCAGUGGCUUACAUCAAUGUAGACAUCGCAGUAGAUGGUAAAUGA